AUGCUGGUGCUUCCACUGUUGGCAGGACUGAUGGCAGUGGUGAGGGCUGGAUCAGCUACUUCCUUCAACCCUGUGCCUCAUCCGAGGCAAUGCCUCACGCAGACCUCCUUCUCCUUCCCACAAUUCAACGUAAACAAGACGGGCAGCCUGAGGAAACUGCGGUACGCUGAUGGCAGUCUUCACGACGUCUUGCUUCCUUAUGCAGGAUGGGCUUCUGCGAGGAUCCUUGCAGAGAUCUUCUACAUCUUGCUCGCAGAGGUGAUGGAGUAUUCUGUCACAGUCUUCGACAACUCCGUCCCGAAUUCAGGAGCAGGUGUAAACUAUGUAUCUGGAUGCCUCGACCCAACAGACGCUAGCUGUGCAAUCCGAAACCUGACAAACCCUCUCUUGCACUUCACGAUAGAAUCUUGGAGCUCUGGGAUAGAAAGAACACAGAAGCUGCCAAACGACCUACAGCCUACACUGCUAACAGUGAUGGAGUAUGAUACUGUAGAUCAAAUCUUCAUCUGGAGUGAUGUGUACAAUGCUGGCACUCGUCAAAACAUAUUUCUGGACUACUACAAGUUCUAUGACCCUGCACUAUACAGCGCCUUCGAAUAUUUUGAUUCUCUUGACACUCUCCUCAAGAUUCUUCCGAUUGAAUAUUUGGAGACCUGCACUGCGCUGGACACGAAGGAAUUUGGGAACGACAGGAGAAAGAACAAGUACAUUGAGUUCACUCAGAACAACGAGGUAGAUUGCAUGAACGAUGUUGUCUGGCUGUCGCCUGCUUGCAGACGGCUGGCAAACAACUCCAAGUGCAUUCCUUUGAUUGUCCAGUACGAGUACCACGUUGUUUUCCAGCUGUCGUACUUUUUGAAUUUCCCAGUCGCACUACUGAAGGUGAGAGACGGCACGCCGGCCUUUGACGAUGUCUACUAUCGCACGAUCAGGUCUACAAAGCUCAUGUUCGGAUGGUACAAGCCAGAUGACAACCUGCUGGGCUUGUCUGACAAGUAUCCCGUCUUGCUCAAGUGCCCUGACCCCAACACUCUAGAGCAAUCGCAGAGUUUCUUCCGAACAAGUCUAUCCAAUGUCAAGCCGAGGAAUUACUGCUGGAGGUACAUGGCGGCGACCGACGGCCAUGUUGCAUUUCUCGGUUCUCGUUUCAACUUCUACACUCAAGAUAUGGACGCGAUGAUGGGGGCAAGUGCGUUGGCGAAGUCGCGAGGCGACAAGGUCUAUGACGCUAUGUUCAAUGUCGCUUGCCAAUGGGUGCAGACUAACAUGGACACCUGGAAGCAUUGGAUCCCAGCUAUCUGCCCGCCAGGCAUGCUUGCUGAUCCUACCCUCUCCUUCUGUUCGCCAUGCCCGGCUGGUUCGUUUUGUGUCGGAGGAACUGAGGGCUCCCAGCUCUGCCCCAUCGACUCCUUUUGCCCCGCAAAGUCGAGCUCGCCGAUCAAAUGCCGAGGUGGGUAUGUGACUGACGGCCAGGGUCACACGCAAGAGUCGGACUGCACCGUGUGCAGCGGCGGCAAGGUUGAUUUGAACGGAGGAUGCUGGAGCCUGGACGUCGUACUGGUGGUCAUUCUCGUCCCCAUCUUUGUGCUGCUGCUCCUCGUUGGUCAACUCACAAGAUUCUUCACGAGAUCCUCGUCGUCUGCAGAGGAGAAGAAGCUCGCAAAGAUGGUCAAAUCUCUUCGCGCUCGCCUGCACAUCACUCGCAAGGAGGGGUUCUUGCUCAACACAGAGAAAGCAGACAUGUGGGCGGAUAGGGAGAAGCUCGUCCUCAUAGACAAGCAGUCGAUGGAGUCCGCAGCUCGCCUUGCCAUGAUGAAGCGAGAAUUCGACGAGACUUUCUUCGACAGCUUCUGCUACUCCCUCGCUCGCAUUCAGGACAAAGACUCCACUAGUCAUCUCUUCUCCAUCCAGUACAUGAGCCUCUGUAACUGGAUCCUCGAGCUCUGCCAGCAGCUUCUCGAGUACAAUUUGGACUUUUCUUCCCCUUUGAAGGAGAUGUCAAACCACAUGUCCGGAAGUCAGCAUGCAUUGGUGGAGAACCUAGAUAGGGCCCAGCAUAUCAGCGUCUUGCUCGUUGACAUGAAUCAGGAGGAGAGAUAUCGAUUCUUUGAGGACAAGAUGCCGAGAUUGAGCAUCUGGAAUGAUGACGUCACUUUGUUUGUGAAGCUCAAGAACCUUGUGGCUGAGAUAUGCCGAAAGCUGCGCAAAGUCUCAGAGGCGCAGUGCCAGGCCAUCCUGAAGGAGCCUGGAGGCGAAUUGCUGCUGGAGCUCGCAGAUGCCGAAGAUUCCUUGAAACUAAAUGAAAAUGCACCAAGUAGCGAUCCAUGGAGUUCGUAUUCUUCGUCUUUCAUGGAAGGGUUGAGAAACGUGGAUCAAAUACCAGAGACUCCUCUACGACAAGACGAUGCGAGAGUGCAGGCGAUCAGAGUCAGCGAGGAGGAUGUGAAGGAGGCGCGAGCCUUGUUCACUCGCUCCUGUCAGUGUCUUCCCGAGCAUGUUUUUGUUGCGCAGCUCCAUGCCAAGGCGACAACACUGGCGGAGACUUUCCGCGAGUCUUUGCUGCUGCUGCUGCUGCCUCACUCCACCGGUCUCGUAGUGCAACAUGCAGGAGGGGAGGAAGUGACUCUUCGCUGCCGCUUCGAGGGCGAGGAGGAUGACGUCACCGUCCGCUAUGCACGGGUCAAGUCUCAGCACCGCAUGAGAGAGAAGCUGAAAGAGUUCGCUCCUCCUGCUCCUGCUAGUGGUCCUCCUGCUGCUGCUCCUGCUGCUGCUGCUGAUGAUGUUGACAACGCUCCUCCUGCUCUUGCGACUUCUCCAGCUCUGUCCGACGUUUCUCAUGCUGCUCGUUCCGUCAACGUCGCAGCCAUCUCUCGUCUGGCAUCGGCCUCGUUUGUCGCUCCUGCCUGCCGACCGGAGGCCGCGUGGCCUCUUGCUGCCAACAUCGUCGACCCCGUUCGACUCUCCGUCGUCUGCCGCGGGCCGAGCAAGAUGCUUCAAGUCCUCCAGUGGCUGCGGGCGGCUGACAGCAGUGAGCCCCUGUCAGUGUGCAGGAUCAGGAACAAAUUUGUGAGGGCAAGGAGGAAGGAGGAGAAGGGAGAGGAGGAGGAGGAGGAGGUGCAGGGAGAGGUGGAUGGGGGCGGGUUGAGGGUGUUGAUGGUAUCGAUGCUGCUGCGAGGGCCAAGGGGGAUGAACAUCAUCGGGGAGGUUCAGGUGCAUGAUGUGAGGACGUUCCCCUGCUACGUUCAGAUGCAGCGCAUGCUGAAGCUGCGAAGGUCUGAGACGAUGGAGAGCUACAGGUUGGAGCAGGCAGGAGAGGCCGAGGGGGAUAAAGCGAGCAUCUCUGUUGCCACUUGA